UGUGCUGUGACGUAGUUCCGUCUUUCGUGACUCUUCUCAUCGUUCAGGAUGAAGUAGUUUCCGGGGGACAGGGUACCAGCAGUAAACAUGGCGGAGGAACUGCUGGAAGCAGUGGAUAGACUCCAGUCGCGGCUCCUGGAGAAUCCGGAGCCUCGAAAGCUCCUGAAGACAUUGAAAAGACUCGGAGAGCUUCCCAUGACCGUGGACAUACUGGUGGAAACCGGAGUGGGGAAGAAUGUCAAUUCUUUUAGGAAGCAUCAGAUGGCUGGGGAGAUGGCGAAAGGCCUCGUGGCCAAAUGGAAGAAACUGGUUCCUCAGUCCGACAGACCCAACAACGUGAAAGAGGCACCGCGGUCACACAUGCACUCUCGAGGCCCAGAGGCGGGUGGUGAUGUAGGCGGCCACAGACGCACCCGGGAGCCCUCCCCCGAGGAAGAGCCCUCCUACAUGGAAGAAGAAGAAGAGGAGGAGGAAGAGGUAGAGGUGGAGAGAGGCCAUCACACAAACUACUCGCCCUCACCUCCUCAACACAAGCACUACAGCCCUCCGCAGCGAGGAGGCUACCAGUCGGACGAGUACGAGAGCCCCGAGCCUGAACCCGAGCUUGAACCUGAGCCUGAGCCUGAGCCCGAGCCCGAGCCCGAGCCUGAGCCUAGUCCUCCUCCUCCUCCUCUUCGCAAAGAGGUCCGCCUCGCCAAACCAAAUAAAGAACCCAACAAAAACCACCACCACGGUUCCCACGGCGAUAGAAACAGGGAUAGGGACGAGGAGCGGCGGCAACGCCACGCACAGACGAGUAGUGCUCGAGGAGGAGACGGCGAAGGGAAGAACCGCAGCGCAGACAGAGAGAGUCCGGUAGCAAAGUCUGCCAAGCACAGCAGGAAGUCCACCACGCAUGAGAGUAAGAGGGAGGAGAAGAAGAAAGGAGGAGACGACGGGCGGCCGCGGGUGCCGAAGGACUCUCCGCCCAAGGAGGUGGAAGAGGACUUUGAGACUCCCACCAUGUCCUUUGAGUCUUUCCUCACAUAUGACGCCCCCACGCCCGUCAAGAAGAAGAAGAAGCAGCCGCCGCCGCCGCCGCCCACUCCGCCGCCACCGUCCUCGUCCUCGACACACAGUCGGCUGCCUCACUCCUCCUCCACGGCAUCCUCCCAUCGUUCACACACCCCUCCGCCUGCCCCCUCCUCCUCAUCCUCCUCUUCCUCCAAAGGGAGCAAGGCCAACGGCACUCAGAGUUCCAAGAGGCCACAUUCAGGCUCAAAUUCGUCAACAGGGGAAAAACGCAAGCGGGUGGUUGAGGUUGUUGCGACUCUUCCUGAGAUCCCCCUGCCGGCGAUCCAACCCAAUUACAGACCUCUGCCCUCCCUCGACGUCACACCACUGUCCCCUCAGAGACGGAAAGUUCCCGUCUGCAACGACGAGGAGGAUUCCGGGUUCACGGGGAAGCGGUUCAACUCCAAGAUGGUGGUCUACUCAGGAUCAAAGACCGCCUACUUGCCCAAGAUGAUGACUCUGUACGAGCAGUGCAUCCGGGUGCUGCAGAACAACAUCGACUCCAUCGCUGAGGUCGGAGGAGUGCCGUUCGAGAUCUUGGAGCCGGUGCUGGAGCGGUGCACACCGGAGCAGCUGUACCGCAUCGAGCAGAGCAACCAGUGGUUCACGGAGGAAUCUGACGAGCUGUGGAUGCGCCAUUGUCAGCGGGACUUUAAACGCGAGACGCCUCAGGAGUACGAGUCGUGGAGGGAGAUGUAUCUGAGGCUGCACGACGAGCGCGAGGAGCGACUGAGGAUGCUCACCCAGAACAUCUCCUCCGCCCACGCCAACAAGCCAAAAGGGCGCCAGGUCAAGAUGGCGUUUGUGAAUUCUGUCGCCAAGCCGCCGCGCGACGUCCGCCGCCGACAGGAGAAGUUCGGCACCAUCAGUGGCUCGUCAGCUAGCUCCACCGCCGCUGCAGCUCCCAUCAAAAUAAGACCAGCUACCACAGACUACUCUGGUGAAUUGAGUCGCUCCUCUUCCUCCCAACUCGACCCUUCUCCCGGCUCGUCUCGCUCCUUCGCACCAGGUGGUGGUGCAGCAGCAGCAGCAGCAGCAGCAGGAGGAGGAGGAGUGGGAGGAGGACCUGCCGCCCGGGACAAACCACAGGUCAAAAAAAUCGCCCCCAUGAUGGCCAAAACUAUCAAAGCUUUCAAGAACAGAUUCUCCCGCCGAUAGUGUGAAAGAGACUGAAUGUAUUUUAUGGAUUCCAACUGUGUUUUUAAUUUAAGUUUUUAGCAAAAAUUGUACUGGAGACCCCUUCAUCCCUACACACACACACACACACACACACACACACACACCAUCAACUUUACCACCAAACAUAUCGUAUGAACUUUUCAGUAUUGGUGGAAAAAUGGUGGAUUUUUUAAAUUAGUUUUAUUUAAGUGUUUAAGUGCAUCUGUUUGUUGGGGGAAGGGGUCUUUGAAUAAGUGUUUAAAUCAUAAAUUACGGUUAUUGGGUGUGACAUCGGUGUUAAGAAAAUUAACAUUUUACAGGAAACAAAAGAGACACACACACACACCUGCAAACACACAGUCUGUUACUUUCUCCUGUUUUAUAGCAGACAUUUUAUAAGGAAAAAGUCGAGCCUCUUUUUUUCGCUUAUUUACAGAGAGUUAGACAAGAAGACUGAUGCCACCGUCACCUCUGUUCACUUAAUAUGUAGCUGGAGACAGUUAGCUUAACAUAGCUUAGCAUAGCAUAAAGACUGUAAACAGAGGGAAACGGCUAGCCUGAAUCUGUCCAAAGGUAACCUCAAAUGCUCAUUAACAUGUUUUUAUCUUGUUUGCUUAAACCGUACAAAAAAACGGCAUCUCAUAGUGUGUAAAAACAACAAUACAGUGUUUUUAUGGGGGGUGUUUGGAACAAGCUAGUUUUUUUUUAGCCAGGACCAGAUUUUCACAUGAAACUACAAAUGUUUUUGUACAUAUCAACUAAGUGUAAGACUCACGGUGUUUAUCAGUGAGUUUUAGAUGUGGUGGUCAGUGGAUUCUGCUACCAUGCUAGCCGUAUACAGUUUUUAUGCUAUGCUACGUUAUGCUAAGUUAGCCGGCUGUAGCUUCGUUAGUCUACCGACAUGAGUGGUGUCAAUCGUCUCAUCUAACUUUUGUCAAGAAAGCUAAUAAUCAUACCUCUUCAACAAAACUAUUGGAUUUCUCAUCAUGGGACAGAAAAAGUACUGCUUCUUUUUUAAGUUGUAUUUAAAGAAUAGUUGUUUGUCACUUUUUCCUCACGAGCAACUGAUACACUACAUGAGGAAAACCUUUCCACACUUUUUCCUUUUACCUUUAUGGCUUGCAUGGUGCACGUCAGCCGAGACAACAACUGGCUGGUUAAAGACUCUUAAAGACUUUUAAAAGAAAACAAACAAACACAUGCAUAUCUAGACAUCAUUUUUUUAUGUGGAGGGCUGGAAAUGAUAUCAGUGAACAACACACAACACUUUGUAGACCUAUUUUGACUCCCUGUGGCUUCAGAUUAUGUUUUUCCUGCUGUUGAAUGUGUGUGUCCCCGUUUAUAUAUCUGCUUCACUGAGUGAAUGCUGAAGAGAAGAAAAGGAACUAGGAAACACGACAAUAAGGAAGAAGGUCAAUAGGACGUCUGCAGUUUCAAUCUACAACAAUGAUGAGAUGUAUUUAUUUUAAACACUGGGACCUGGAACCCCACAACAUGGGCCCCAAAUGAAGUAGAUUACAAAUUGUAAUUUUAUUAGAUUUUAAUAAAUGUUAUAUGGUCAUUUUUAUUAAAAUUGACUUUUUGCCCUUAAA